AUGCCUUCUUUUUCCCAGCCGUUCAGAUUAGCUGUUUUGCCUAAGAUCUUAUCUUUGAGCAAUGUUGAAACUCAAAUAAGCUCUCUUCAGAUUGCAGAUGAUUUUUCUUUGGAGUCUAAUAAGAUUACUAUUGGUAUAUCUGGUUCUACUAUUUCUCAAUAUAUCAUCAAUCCUACGCCAAGUUUAGUGUUUAACGUUCCUAUUCCUUCGACUAAUAAUGUUACCGCUUGUAAUAUUGGUCAUUUUGUUAGUGAUACAGAUGGUUCCAAAUUGGAAUGUUGGGCUUAUGGGUUAUCUUAUAAUAAGAACCAUACUUUAAAUAUUUCCAUUAAGACCAGUGAUGAUGAUAAAUAUGCUACCUCUGGUGGUGAAGUGGUAGAGACUUAUAGUCAAAAAUGUGACGAUAAGAUUGAGCAUAUUAAGAUUAAUGAAAAGGAAAAAGUUAUCGUUGUGGUCUUGAAAAACGGUUUGAUUCAAUUCUAUGAUUUCACUUUGAAAUUGUUAAAAUCUGUUAAUGUCAUGUACUCUGAUAUUAGUUUUGUCGAACAUUUUGAAGAAGAUGGGAAACAAUUUGCUAUAAUUCUUUCAAAUAUUGAAGGUAAAAAAAUUUCUUUUAAAUUAUAUGAAUUAUUUACUAAUGAUAAAACUUCCAUUAAUGAAUUGUCUUCAACCAUUUUAGAAGAUGCUGAUUUAGGGGAAUCUCAGAUUUGUUAUCAAUUCGGUAAAAUUUACAGAUUAUUUGAAGAUAGAUUAUAUAUUUACAACUUACCACAGUGUCAAUUGCAGCAGACCAUUGAACUUCCAUUUAUUCAGAAAAAAGAUUCCGACGUAUUGUCUUUCAGUCCAAUUGCUAAUAAUAGAAUCUUGUUAACUGUCAACAAUAAAAUUUAUUUAUUAGAUUUAGUUCAUAAUUCUAUCUUAGCUGAAAGAGAUCUUUCUCAUGUUAAGGUUUAUCAAUUAUUGAAAUCCAUUGUAGUGCCAUCAAAGGGUGAAAAUAAAAAUAGUAAAACAAUAGCUAUUGGUGUUUCAAUUAAAAACGGUCCUAGUCCAAUUUCUUCAUUAGAAGUUAUUAAUGUUGAUGUAGGUUCAGGUACAUUAAAGGAUUCCCUGGGUAAAAGCUUCCAAGUUGCUAAUGUUAAAAAAAAUAUUCCUUUACAAUCUUUGUUCCCUGAAGAUGAAACUAUAUACGCCAAAGGUGAACAAAAAUCAUUCGAUUAUAAAAAUAUUUUACAAGAAUUACAAAACAAUAAAAAUGAUAUUAAUAAAUUUGAUGAUAUUUUUUUCAAAAAAUUGAAUAUAAUGAAAGAAUACUAUACAGAACAGGAUAGAUUCAUUUAUGAUCAAAAAUUCUUAAGUGACGUAUUAGAUUUAAUAUUUUCAGCUUUCAAAAAAGAUUACCCAAGAGCAUUGACAUUUUUAUUAACUCAUCCACUUUUCCCAAUAUCUCACACUAGAAAUUUAUUGACAAAGUUUAGAAACCAACCAAGACUAUUCAAGCAAGCCGUUGUCACUUGUCCUAACUUGCCAUUGAAAGAAUUACUAGCAGAAUUAUUUACUAUAACGAAUGGUGAAUUGUGUUUAGACAUAUCAUUAAGAAUUCUCCAAGACUAUACUAGAGACUCUAUCAAACAGGAAUUGAAAACAUUGAGUAAAGUUGAUAUUCAAAAUUUCAUAGAAUUCGUCAUCGAUACAGAUUCAGAGGAUAAAAGCCAAUUUAAUCCGCAGUUAUUCCAAUUGUUAUCCUUGGUAUUGGAUGCAAGCGGUUUGUUUGCACUCGAAGAAGAAACUUUAGAGAAGUUAUCAGCAUAUAUAGACAAUCAAGUGAACGUUGCGGAAAGAAAUAACAGACUAUGGCAUCUCUUGGAUGAAAAUUCUGACAAGCGUUCUACUUUGAAUCAAGCCAACGACCAGAACGUACUACAAACAAAAUCAUUAUCCGCAUACAGUGUUGAAUAUUUAGAAUUGUAA